GCUGAUAUAGCCAUGGAUACGCCAACGGACACCAUCUUGAUCGGGAGAAUAAUAUGGAUCCUAGCCUCGUUAUCGAUUGAUAUCCAUCUGCCCAGUAGUGGCUGUAUUGUACCAAGAACUUGGAAGUUAAUGCGGCCGAUAGAGAAACCUCAUUGUCACGCUAUCACAUACGCCGCAUCAAAGGCAGCACAGUCAUAAGGAGCAUAAUGUAAUGAUCCCAGACCCACAUGUCCUUCACAUGUCUCCUCCAGUUAGAAAUGUUCUCACUGCGAUUAGAAAAACUCAGCAGGACAAUGCGGCGCGGAGUCCGGUGGACGUAUUACAAUUAAUAGCGGUUAUUAUUAUCAUGUAACUAGU